AUGUCAGCAGAAGAGCGCCAGAGGCUCAAGGCUCUUGCAGAUCAGUGGGCGCAUUCGAGCCCCAAUGCAUUUGACACAUGCGACAACAAUGUGAUGGACUUCAAGAACAUAUUGACUGGUGCUCACCCGAUAGACAUCAGUCAUGCUGGCGACGCUGAGAAUGUCUUGUUAACCAUUGCAUCAACGGAUCGUUUCGUGGCUUCUGCUCUUAUCCACCAUGGUGUAAUACCCUGUUCCCCUAUAUCUCCAUCUGUGGCUAUCUCCAUAGAUGCACUGGAGCUUUAUUGUGUUGCCAGGUUGCACAACCCGCAUUUUUCGAUACAGGCAUAUGUUAAGUCAAUCUGUGAUUUGCAUGGGACCAUCUUUCAUAGGUACCUGUCUCACCAAUUUUUGAUUGCAUUCAAUCUUUACCUUCACAUCCACACUCAUGUUAACUCUCUCGUUGACAUUGCUCUGGGUCGAAAUGCUGUGGACUGGCACCUGAAAAACACAUGCCCCUGCUGCACCUAUGAAUUGGAGGACGAUGCACCAAUGUCAUUCAAGCUCCUGUACGCUAUGGACGGCAAUGACUCACUGAAGAGAGUAUCGCAUCAGCUAAUGGGCACCAACGGAGAUCAUACAGGCCCUUCUAUCGAACUUCCUACAACCCAGCGAGGGCCAACUGAUGACGAGAAUCUCUGUGCUGGCCAUUGGAAAAAUAUGGACGAGGAUAAGACUAAGAAGACUUGGGGGGUGUAUGAUGAAACAGGGAUCUUUAUUGCUGUUUGUCAGCAUGGUUUCUAUCUACUGAUUGCAGAUAUGGUGCAGAGUGGAGAACGUGCUAAGUAUCCACUUGCUGUGGUAGCCAAGCUUCUCAACAGUUUUGGUGCUGGUCUCGGUGGUGGGUAUGAUAUAGGGUGUCAGUUCAAGACCACCCUCGACAACAGCAUUUUAGGUCCUCAAGCUCGCGCACUCCAUCAUUCCUGCCUUGUGGGAGCCUUCCACGGAUAUGCUCAUCAACGAAUCUGCCAAUUGGACCACUUGGCAACGUAUGUUGAAGGUCUGGGCCUGGAAGACCUGGAAACCUGUGAGCGAACAUUUUCGAAAUCAAACGCACUGGCAUCAACGAUCCGUUAUGCCAGUGUUUUUCACCGUCAACAACUCAUAUCAGUGUACUUCCAGCAUAAUGAUGAAUUCGAUGUCUAUCCUAAUCUCAGAAACUUCUUGUAUAAUCACUAUAGGCAGGCACUUGAUAUCCUUGAGAACAGCCAGAUCAACCUCUCAAGAGUCAUGCAAGAUCUCAACAUCACAGAUGUCUCCAUGUUCAACCAAUGGAUCACCGAUGAAAAGGAGUACCUACAAGGUCUGAAAAGUGAGCCGGAACAAGAGACACUCCAGAUGGAGUAUUGGCAGAAGCUAAUCCAUCUCGCGGCAAGCCAAAGCAACAUGGACACGAUGAGGUCCAUUUGGACAUCAUCAACACCUUCAAGCACCUCAUUCUGCGCAUCAGAUGCUGCCACGACUCGGAGACUCAAGAUGACACGGAGACACGCCCUUGAGAACUUCGAGAAGGACCUGCAGGUGGUACAAGACCUGGAGAGCAAGCUUAGAGUGACUCAAUGCUGGAUUCCUAGCACUCCCAAGUGGGAAGAUGUGGGACAAUUGGUUGCAAUGAGGAAGUAUCAGCAUGCACUCGAUGCUCUAGAGGGCCUUGUAGUGGCUUGCAUAUUUGAACUGACAAAAUUGAACCGCUCAGGAACCAGUUACAAGUUGCGCAAGCACAUCGCAAAGGCCUUACAGACACGCUCCUCAACCAUCCGUUCUGCCUUUGAUCGUUACAAUGCAGCAGCAUUAUCUCUAAUGCCUCCUUGCAGAACCCUGAGAUGGGAUGAAGUCAUCGAGUACGUGUUCCUUGCUGAUUUCAACCUACUACGUGAUGCCCGUCAGGAUAUCUCGCAGCGUCCUUGGGCAACACCAGCUGCUCACCAAGCCACAGACCUCUAUUUCAAGAUGUGUCAUGCCAAGGAGGAGGUCCUGCACCUCAACAACAAAAUCCGCCGCCUGGUUACAUACAUCCACAACGAAGAACACUACCUACAAGACUGUUAUACUCAGCUUGAACCCUCUUGCCCUGCACUAGCCCACCAGAUCAGCCUGUGA